AUGGCUUUCGACAGACUUGUUCGUUUUGAACAAGACGGAACUGCUCACUAUGGCGAUAUCGUUGAGAUCACACAGAAGGGAUAUCUGGUCAAGAAAUUGAACGGUUCGAUCAACGACGGCUUCACCCCCACUUCGGGGGAUGCGGUCCUUGUUGAGCAUCUGCUCUGUCCAGUCAAGAGAGCGGCAAUAAUACAGUGCAUUGGCCUCAACUAUAAGCAGCACGCGAAGGAAGCUUCUCUCGAAGUCCCCGAGUACCCCGUCGUAUUCACCAAACCCCCCGACGCCCUCACCGGCCCCAACACCGCCAUCUCCAUCUGCCCCGGCGCACAGCCCAUGCUCGACUACGAAGGCGAGCUGACCGUCAUCAUCUCCAAAGACUGCAAGAACCUCCCCGUGGACGUGAACCUCCCCGAGUACGUCCUUGGCUACACGGCCGGCAACGACGUCUCAGCGCGCAACUACCAGCUGCCCGCGGCUGGAGGCGGACAAUACGGCUACGCGAAAUCAUUCAACGGCUUCGCGCCCAUCGGUCCGUGGAUUGCUAGUCCGCGAUUGGUGCCUGAUCUAAAGGUCUUGAGAUACAAGACGCGUGUAAAUGGGGAGGUCAGGCAGGAGACCGGUGUGGAUGACAUGAUUUGGUCGGUACAGCAGAUCUUGCAUCACUUGUCACGUGGUACGACGCUGCGGGCGGGUACUGUGAUUAUGACAGGGACACCAUCCGGGGUGGGAUUCUUCAGGAAGCAGUUCUUGAAGGAUGGGGAUGUUGUUGAGGUUGAGAUUGAGGGAUUGAUGACUUUGAGUAAUAAGAUGGAAUUUGAAAAGCACUGA